AUGUUAGCUAAGCUCUGCCUGUAAGGUUGGGGGAGAAAGAAGAGGGGCACGGAGCAACGUGUUUUGGGUCGCUGACGGCUCAUUUCUGUAAUUUCGCCGAUCAUUGGCUCAGCCGGCUAAAUGAAUGAACACUAAACGACAACAACAACCGCACGAACACUUUGGCCUGUGUUAAUUCUUGCGCCGAAGCAGAGCAAACCUCGACCCGGGACCACACUGUACACACCUACCACCCCUCCCUUUCUGGACACCCCCGGUCCAUUCUCCAACAGUCCCACGUCAUUUUCCCUCCCUCGCCGACCGAGGAGCAGCAAGGUUUAGGGGGGGAUUAAUUCGACCAGCAAGAAAUAAAAUUAAAACGCCGUGGAAAUGUCGGGCAGUGAGGAUGAGAGGGAGGACUUUGGACCUGCGGACGAGCCUUCACUUCUCCACGGUGAGGAGGAGCAGGAGGAUGCUGUGUCUGACGUAGACGAGGUACCCAAGUCCAAGAAGAAGAAGAAGGCUAAGAAGAGUAGCCGAGAGAGCAGGAGCAGCAAGAGGCAGAGACCAAUUAGAGAGGAGUUACCAGCUAGCUCCCCAGAGCACCUGAUUGGAGUGGAGGCAGCGGAGAGGGAUGCAGACGAGGGAGGUGUGCGCUCAGAGAGUGAAGGAAGUGAUUAUGCCCCAGGGAAGAAAAAGAAGAAACGCUCUAGCUCUGCCAAAGAAAAGAAGAAAGGAGGUGCAGCAGCAGAGAAAGGAGGCUCGUCCACCUCUAAGAACAAACGCAAAGAUCCUGAACCAGAGGAUGAUGAUGAUGAUGAUGAUGAUUGCCAGCCUAAAAGCUCUGCACAGCUGCUGGAGGCCUGGGGCAUGAAAGACAUUGACCACGUCUUUACUCAGGAAGACUACAGUUCCCUCACGAACUACAAGGCCUUCAGCCAGUUCGUUAGGCCCUUAAUUGCAGCUAAGAACCCCAAAAUUGCCGUUUCCAAGAUGAUGACUUUAAUGAUGGCCAAGUGGCGAGAAUUCAGCACCAACAACCCUCUGAAGGGUUGUGCCUCUGCCAAUGCAGCCUUGGCAGCUGCUAAUGUGGCUGCAGCUGUUGAGAACAUGGUGGCGACAGGGACAGACGGAGGGGCCGAAACCAGUACUGCUGCUUCACCCACACCUGCUUCUGCCCCUGCUGCUCCUUCAGCAACUGCUACACCCGCGGCAGCCCCAGCACCUCCACUCCGCAAAGCCAAGACCAAAGAGGGCAAAGGUCCAAAUGCUCGGAGGAGGUCAAAGCCCACACCUAAACCUCAGCCAAAACCCAAACCUAAGAAAGUGGCUCCACUCAAGAUCAAACUAGGGGGACUCAAUAGCAAGAGGAAGCGCUCCUCUAGCGAUGAAGAUGAGCCCGAUGUGGACAGUGACUUUGACGAUGGGAGUUUCUCUGUGUCAGACGGCUCAAACCGUAGCAGCCGUCCUAAGAAGAAACCCAAAAGUGCAAAGAAAAAGAAGAAAGUGGAGACAGAGGAUGGUGAUGGCUAUGAGACAGACCACCAGGACUACUGUGAGGUGUGCCAGCAGGGCGGAGAGAUCAUUUUGUGCGACACCUGUCCUAGAGCUUAUCACAUGGUCUGUCUGGAUCCUGACAUGGAGAAAGCACCUGAGGGCAAAUGGAGCUGUCCACACUGUGAAAAGGAGGGGAUCCAGUGGGAGGCCAGGGAUGAUCUCUCUGAGGCUGAUGGCGAGGACGAGGAGGACAGGAGAGAUGAUGGGGUGGAGGAGGAAGAUGACCACCACAUUGAGUUCUGCCGGGUGUGUAAGGAUGGAGGGGAGCUGCUUUGCUGUGACACCUGCCCCUCCUCCUAUCACAUCCACUGCCUCAACCCUCCUCUGCCAGAAAUCCCCAAUGGAGAAUGGAUCUGCCCCCGCUGCAAGUGUCCACCGAUGAAGGGCAAAGUCCAGAAGGUGUUAACAUGGAAAUGGGGGGAUCCACCAGCUCCCACACCUGUCCCUAGGCCUGAUGAUCUUCCUGCUGAUGCUCCUGAUCCCCCGCCGCUUGCAGGCCGCAGGGAGAGGGAGUUCUUUGUCAAAUGGUGUAAUAUGUCCUACUGGCAUUGCUCCUGGGUGCAGGAGCUCCAGUUGGAGCUCAACUGCCAGGUGAUGUUCCGUAACUACCAGAGAAAGACUGACAUGGACGAACCACCACCUGUGGAUUUUGGAGGUGAGGGUGAUGAUGACAAGAGCACCAAGAGGAAGAACAAGGAUCCUCUUUUUGUCCACAUGGAGGAGGAGUUUUAUCGUUAUGGAGUUAAGAUGGAGUGGCUGAUGAUCCACCGAGUUCUUAACCACAGUGUUGAUAAAAAGAACAAUGUCCAUUACUUGAUCAAGUGGAGGGAUCUGCCCUACGACCAGUCAACCUGGGAGAGUGAGGACAUGGACAUCCCAGAGUAUGACACCUACAAACAGACAUAUUGGAAUCACAGAGAGUUGAUGAUGGGUGAAGAGGGCAGACCUGGUAAAAAGUUGAAGAAGACAGUUAAAGUGAAGAAAGCUGAGCGGCCACCAGCUAAUCCGGUUGUGGAUCCCACCAUCAAGUUUGAUCGGCAGCCGGACUACCUGGACAGCACGGGAGGAACUCUGCAUCCGUACCAGCUGGAGGGAUUGAACUGGCUGAGGUUUUCAUGGGCUCAGGCUACAGACACAAUACUGGCCGAUGAGAUGGGUUUGGGCAAGACUGUGCAGACUGCUGUCUUCCUUUACUCGCUGUACAAGGAGGGUCACUCCAAAGGUCCGUUCCUGGUCAGUGCCCCUCUGUCCACCAUUAUAAACUGGGAGAGAGAGUUUGAGAUGUGGGCCCCUGACAUGUAUGUAGUGACCUACGUUGGGGAUAAAGACAGCAGGGCUGUCAUCAGAGAAAAUGAGUUCUCCUUUGAGGGGAAUGCCAUUAGAGGUGGGAAGAAGGCAUCCAAGAUGAAGAAAGACUCGACAGUCAAGUUUCAUGUCCUGCUGACAUCCUAUGAGUUGAUCACCAUUGACCAGGCUGUGCUGGGAUCCAUUGAGUGGGCCUGUCUGGUUGUCGAUGAGGCUCACAGGCUCAAAAACAACCAAUCCAAGUUCUUUAGGGUGCUGAACAACUAUCCAUUACAACACAAGUUGCUUCUGACCGGUACUCCUCUCCAGAACAACCUGGAGGAGCUCUUCCACUUGCUGAACUUCCUGACACCAGAAAGAUUCAACAACCUGGAAGGAUUUCUGGAAGAAUUUGCAGACAUUGCCAAAGAGGACCAGAUCAAGAAGCUCCAUGAUAUGCUGGGACCACACAUGCUCAGGAGGCUGAAGGCCGAUGUUUUCAAACACAUGCCUUCAAAGACCGAGCUCAUUGUCAGAGUGGAGCUAAGCCCCAUGCAGAAGAAAUACUACAAGUUCAUCCUAACACGUAACUUUGAGGCCCUGAACACUCGUGGAGGAGGAAACCAAGUCUCUCUGCUCAACGUGGUGAUGGACCUGAAAAAGUGUUGUAAUCACCCCUACCUCUUUCCUGCAGCUGCCACGGAGGCACCAAAACUUCCAAAUGGCAUGUAUGAAGGCAACGCUCUGACAAAGUCUUCAGGAAAGCUGAUGCUGCUGCAGAAGAUGAUGAGGAGGCUGAAGGAGGGAGGACACAGAGUUCUUGUCUUCUCCCAGAUGACAAAGAUGCUGGACCUGCUGGAGGACUUCCUGGAGAAUGAGGGAUAUAAAUAUGAGAGGAUUGAUGGAGGAGUCACUGGGAACAUGAGACAGGAAGCCAUCGACCGCUUCAAUGCUCCUGGUGCUCAGCAGUUUGCUUUCCUCCUCUCCACCAGAGCUGGUGGUUUGGGCAUUAAUCUUGCCUCUGCUGACACCGUCAUCAUCUAUGACUCUGACUGGAACCCCCACAAUGACAUCCAGGCAUUCAGCAGAGCUCACCGUAUUGGGCAGAACAGGAAAGUGAUGAUUUAUCGCUUCGUUACCAAAGCCUCUGUGGAGGAGAGGAUCACGCAGGUGGCUAAGAAGAAGAUGAUGCUCACCCAUCUGGUGGUGCGUCCUGGUUUGGGCUCAAAGACGGGCUCCAUGUCCAAGCAAGAGCUCGAUGACAUCCUCAAGUUUGGAACUGAGGAGUUGUUCAAGGAUGAAGUUGGAGAAGGGGACAACAAGGAGGAUGACAGCAGUGUGAUCCACUAUGAUGAUCAGGCAAUUGACCGCCUGUUGGACAGGAACCAGGACGCCACUGAUGAUACUGAGCUCCAGAGCAUGAACGAAUACCUCAGCUCUUUUAAAGUGGCCCAAUAUGUGGUCAAAGAUGAAGACGAUGAGGAGGAGGAGGUGGAAAGGGAAGUGAUAAAGCAGGAGGAAAGUGUUGAUCCUGACUACUGGGAGAAGUUGCUCCGUCACCACUAUGAGCAGCAGCAGGAAGACCUCGCCCGAAAUCUGGGCAAAGGCAAAAGAACUCGAAAGCCAGUCAACUAUAAUGAUGGCUCCCAGGAGGACCGAGGUAUAAGACAGGACUGGCAGGAGGAUCAGUCUGAUAACCAGUCUGAUUAUUCAGUGGCUUCAGAGGAGGGAGACGAGGACUUUGAUGAACGCAGUGAAGCAAACACCCGCAGGCUAAACCGUAAAGGGCUGAGGAACGAUCGGGACAAACCGCUGCCUCCACUGUUGGCCAGAGUGGGCGGGAACAUCGAGGUUUUGGGGUUCAACUCACGGCAGAGGAAAGCUUUCCUGAAUGCAGUGAUGCGUUAUGGGAUGCCUCCUCAGGAUGCUUUCACCAACCAGUGGCUGGUUAGAGACCUCCGAGGGAAGUCUGAGAAAGAAUUCAAGGCUUAUGUGUCUCUGUUCAUGCGACAUCUUUGUGAGCCUGGGGCUGAUGGAGCUGAGACCUUUGCUGAUGGUGUCCCACGUGAGGGUCUGUCCAGGCAGCAUGUGCUUACCCGGAUUGGUGUGAUGUCCCUUAUAAGGAAAAAGGUGCAGGAGUUUGAACACGUGAAUGGUCAGUGGUCGAUGCCCUGGAUGGCUGAGCUGGAGGAAAACAAAAGAGCUGCAGCUUUGGCUGCAGGUGAAGACCCAAAGACGCCCUCUACUGGGACUCCUGCAGACACACAGCCCAACACUCCUGUCCCAGAGGAUUUAUCAAAAUCAGAGGACAAAGACGACCUAAAGAAGGAGGCUGAGGAAGUCAAAGGGGCCAAAAAGGCGGAUGAUCCAGAGAUCAUUGAAAUCCCAGAUGAGUCUGAUAAAUCUCCUGUUGUUGAAAAGAAAGAAGGAGAGGGAGACUCAGCUACAGGAACGGAGGAUAAAGAAAAGGAGGCAGGAACUGGAGAUGACGGAAAGACGAAGGAGGCUGAAGAAAAGGAGAAGGAAGACAAGGAAAGAGCUUCAGAGACAGAGAAAGACAGUCCUGCUGAUGUGAAAAAGGAAGGUCUGGAGGGCAAAGACUCAGACGAGGACAAGACCAAAGCUGAGGAGGGAAAAGAGGACAAGAUGGACACGAGUUCACCAUCAGAGGAGAAAAAAGAGCAAAAAGAGGAAAAGGACGGUCUGAAAACAGAUGAGUCUGGAAAACUGCAGAACGGAGAAAACACCAAAGAAGGAGGAACAGCUGCGCCCGUGGUCAACGUCAGUGAGGAGAAGAAAAAAGCGACCAAGCAGCGUUUCAUGUUCAACAUCGCUGAUGGAGGAUUCACAGAGCUUCACUCCCUGUGGCAGAAUGAAGAGCGGGCAGCCACCGUCACCAAGAAAACAUUUGAAAUUUGGCACCGUCGCCAUGACUACUGGCUGCUGGCUGGAAUCAUACAACACGGCUACGCUCGCUGGCAGGAUGUGCAGAACGAUGUGAGGUUUGCCAUCCUCAAUGAGCCCUUCAAAGGAGAGAUGAGCAGAGGAAACUUCCUGGAGAUCAAGAACAAGUUUCUGGCUCGUAGAUUCAAGUUAUUAGAGCAGGCGUUGGUGAUCGAGGAGCAGCUACGCAGGGCAGCCUACCUGAACAUGACAGAGGACCCAGCUCACCCAUCCAUGGCUCUCAACACUCGCUUCAGUGAGGUGGAGUGUCUUGCUGAGUCACACCAGCACCUCAGCAAGGAAUCCAUGUCUGGAAACAAGCCAGCCAACGCAGUUCUGCACAAAGUUCUCAAACAGCUUGAGGAACUGCUGAGUGACAUGAAAGCGGACGUCACACGUCUCCCUGCAACCAUUGCCAGGAUACCACCCGUGGCCGUGCGGCUGCAAAUGUCAGAGAGGAACAUCCUCAGCCGAUUGGCCAGCCGGGGCCCUGAAGUCCCCCCUCAGAACCAAUCACAGACCACACAGCAGAUGCAGGUGCCACGCUGAGCAGUCACCAUGUAUUGUUUUGCUCUCAGAGGCCAGCUUCCCUCACCUCAUCGCCAUGUAGCAGACGCCCUCACCCUUACCCACCAUGUACAGCACAGUCAGGUUAGUCCUACUCGUUGUGCUCCCACAUUCCAUCUCCAGACUCAGAAGAACAUCAGCUGUGCUGCUGGACUCUGACUUCACUCAAUGGGACUUUUGGUGGGAGUGAAGGGGAAAGCAUUUCUUCUGUGGCAGACUAGAGACCAGUCCUUUCUCCUCACUGGGAUUUAACGCCUGUAACCUGAGCACUGUCAAACCAAGGGACACUUCUCUGACCUGUCCUGUUCUUUCUUCACAGCAGGGUCAAACUUGUAUUUAUAACUUUAUGUAACAUGAGAAGAAGGUAGGCAGGCAAAAGCAGCAUGUUUGGAGUUUACUGGUGCUUUGUAGUAAUUUUCAGAUGAAUUCAAGGGAUUUAAUUACGCUCAAUUUCACUUUUAGAAACUUGUGAAGCUUUUUUUAAAGAUAGUUCAACUCUAAUGUCCUCACCUGUUAGUGCGUGCUCGUGUGUGUGUGGGUGGGUGUGUGUGUGUGGGUGUGUGUGUGUGUGUGUUAGAGAGAGAGAGAGAGUGUGCGUUGUCCCCAUAUGUAAAAUAAGGCGUAUUAAUGUGCACCUCUACUGCAGAAAGACUCUUUACACUGAGACUGUUAGUCACUGUUCUAUCAGUCUGUCAGAUCUGUUACCUCCUCUUGCGACAUUAUGCUCCAUCCCACAUUUACUCGUCUCUCGUCAGGUGACUUGAUCCAGGAUCAGCUCCACAAACAAAACCUUGACAUUCCUAACAGACUGAACCACGGAUUUGCUCUCUGGAAACUCUCCUGCAGACAUGUGAUAGCUUCACAGCUCUUAGCUACAUGGGAUGGUUGUGUGACUGAUGGCAAGUUUAAGUUAAUUUAAUUUCUUACUGUAUUUUAUUAUGUUGUUUUACAUGAUUGAGUAUAAAUAUUAUGGUUACCACCUUUUAUCAUUGCUGUUUGUUUUUAUGGACAACAAUAAA